AUGCGAUAUUCUAGAAUUCGACAAAAACCUGGUGAAAACAUGUAUAUAGCAUCUACUGCUGUGUAUUUAGCAGAAGUUCUAAAGAUAAUUGCAUGUCUUGGUGGGCUUUUAUUUCAAAAAAAAUCAUUUGGACGAUUUUG